AUGACCGAUACAGACGGCAAUCUGAUCCAAGCUCAUGGCGGCAACAUCAUCCAGUCUCAAGGAGACGAUUCGGGUUGGUAUUGGUUUGGAGAGGACAAAACGAAUGAGACCACUUCAGGCCAUUUCAUUGGCGUUGCGUGCUACAAAUCAGCGGACUUCUCCUCCUGGGAAUACGUCGGCCACGUCCUCAGCCCGGUCCCAGACACCAACAUCUCCAGCAAUUCCAUCGUAGAGAGGCCGAAGGUCGUCUACAACGAUAAGAACGACGAAUAUGUCAUGUGGUUCCAUAGCGACACUUCGAACUAUGGGGCUGCUCAGGUGGGUGUUGCCACCAGCAAGACAGUAGACGGGCAGUACACCUGGAAAGGCAGUUUCAAGCCGUCUGGCAACGACAGCCGAGACAUGACGAUAUGGAAAGACCCGGACGACGGUACUGCAUACCUCAUUUUUGCAACAAAUGGCAAUGCCGAUUUCGAGAUUGCUAGUCUUGACGACGACUAUUACAACGUUUCCGAAGCCCUGUACACUUUCAAGGGGGUCUUCCAAGAGGCACCAGGUGUGUUCAAGAUUGACGGACAGUACCACUUGCUAUUCUCUCCACAGGACGGAUGGACCCCAACAGAUAAUGGAUACUAUGUCUCGUCUUCUAUGAGUGGACCUUGGUCAUCUAAGACGCUACUGGCACCAUCUGGAGCCUAUGCUUAUCUAACGCAAAACGCCUUCGACAUCACGAUCAAUGGCACCGAGGACACGCUGUACCUGUAUCUCGGCGACCAUUGGAACGCCAACCAUCUCGGCGCCUCUACGUACUCCUUCUAUCCAGUGAUAUACAAUGGCUCCGCUUUGUCUUUGCAUUACACCGGAGGCUGGACACUUGAUGCCGCAGCUGGAACUUUCACCGAUCUACCAUAUACGCUUGUAACGGCGGGCAACUCAUCAACGGCAAAUUCGACUCUCGUGGACUGCGAUGACGGGUGUUCCGGGGGUAAGGCUGCCAACAUGACUUCGAGCACCAAUUUCACAUUUACUUGGGACGGUUCUGCGGGUGAGAAGAUGCUCCAGAUCGUAUACACGUAUCCAGGGGCGAAGAACGCGUUCAAGCACAUCGCAGCAACCGUGGACGGGUCAGCGAGCAAUGGAAGUGCACUGCUAGAGACUACCAGGGCAAAUACCAUUGCCCAGGAGGCACCGCUGCCGGUGACACUGGCGGAAGGAAGUGAGGUGGUACUGGAGCUGCUGGACUUUGAUGGGACGCAGUUUUUGGUUGACGGCGUGAAGAUUUAUGAUAUGUAG